AUGGCUCCGAAACGCAAUAAUAUGAUUCCGAAUGCGCACUUCCACAAGGACUGGCAGCGACGAGUGCGCACCUGGUUCAAUCAGCCGGCACGCAAGGAGCGUCGUCGUCGCAAUCGUUUCAAGAAAGGCAAACUGAUUGCACCGAGACCGGUUGCUGGGCGCCUGCGACCGAUGGUACGCUGUCCGACGAUCCGGUACAACAAGAAACUUCGCCUGGGCCGUGGCUUCACGUUGCAGGAGCUGAAAGCAGCCGGAAUCAGCAAGCGUGAGGCGCCAACAAUCGGCAUUGCUGUGGACUAUCGACGAACCAAUCGUUCGCUCGAAUCACUUCAGGUAAUCUCACCCGGUCUUUUUCCUGGCGUUUUUCUUUUUUUUUGCAUUAAAUCAAAGGACUUUUGGGCGAUUUUUUUGCCAUCCUCCAUGUUAUGA